UUGCUUUAUUUUUUUAAUAAAAUUUUUUCGUUAUGUUAUCCACAUGAAAUUCAAUAUCAAAUUGUUCGAUAUGGUCUACAAAGAUUUAAAAGGAAAAUUGCCAAGGUUCGUCCUUUGAGAACGCCAACAGCACUUGCUCUUGACCAUUUUGAUUUUUAUUAUGGUCCAUUGUUUGGCGAUAAAUGGCCAUCAAUCCGUUUGGCUUUAUUGAUGCCACAUAAAUAUAUCGCUAUUUUGAAUAAAUUCAGCAGGUUUGUUCAUGAAGAAAUAUUGAAAGAAUAUGGUGCUUUCGACUUAUUGUCAACUAUAAUUGAUCAAACAUCAUUUGAUAAAGAUAAAAAGAGAAAAGAGAGUGAUUUGAACGAACAUUUACUUGGUGAUUGUGAGGAUUUGACGAUUGCUGAGAGCCAAUCAGUGAAUUUACCUAAACAAGAGGAUUUUAUUAUUUAUCCUCGCGAAUUGAAAUUAUUUUCCUUUCCACGUGGUUCCACAAACGAUUUCCCUGCUCCAUCGAAAGAUCGAAAUCGAAUUCCAGGGUGGUGGCUUGUCACUGGCUCAUCUAUAAUACCUGUUCUUGCUCUUAAUUUAUGUAAGGGUGACGUGGUGCUCGAUAUGUGUGCUAUCCGAUAUUUUUAUUUUCAUUUUUCUUAUUUUCUAAGUCGGUUAGGUGACUUAAAGCGAUCAUUGUCCAUCUAUAUACCUGUUAAUUCUGAUGAAUCUAAAGCUGUAUUUCUCAAACGCAAAGAUGCAUCUGAUCUCACGAAUUGGGAUGAAUUUGGAUUAUAUGAUAAGGUUCUAGCAGAUGUAACAUGUACAACUGAUCGUCAUUCAUUACAACAAGAUGAAUUAAAUAUAUUUGCUACAGCAAAGACAAAUGAACGGCUCACGUUGCCUUUUCUACAGACAAAGAUAUUAAUAAAUGCACUAAGAUCAGUUCGCGUUGGAGGUUGUGUAGUUUAUUCAACUUGUACUCUUUCAAGUGUACAAAAUGAGGGUGUUAUUGAAAACGCAGUUGCUAUAGCGUCAGAACAAUUUGGAAUUGAGGCUGUCGAGAUGAUCAUGGACAAUAUGCAGAAAAGUCUUUCUUCUACGGGUUUAUUUGAAUUUUAUCCCGGUUGUCGUCGAGGUCUUCUUAUUCUUCCAUUUUUACCUUCUAAUUUCGGUCCACUUUAUGUUUGUAAAUUAAGGAGGACCAAAUAA